AUGCUAGCUAGGUUAACUGGAUCUAACACUGAAUUAUUUUUAGCUUGUUUUGGUGGACAGUGUCCAACAGGACACUCUUGCUAUCAAAACAAAUGUUACAGAACAGGAGGAGUUUGUCCUUGUGGGGCCGGUUUUACCUGUGUGACUCUUGAUGAUGGAACAAGAGAAUGCAUCGAUUUAAACACUGGAUCUGCAAUGGCGCCGAAUCGCACAUGCACUAAUAUUGCCAGAAAUUGCGUGCAGUUAUCAUAUCUUUGCAAUAAUACGAUUUAUGCAAAUUUAAUGACACAACAGUGUGCUGCAACAUGCGGUAGAUGUACUGGAGAAAAUGUAGGAACGAGCCAAUGUGUUGACCUUUCUCAGCCUGGACGCCCAUCGGAUUGUCCAGCAAAUAGGAAUCUAUGCCAAAAUUCUAACUACAGAACUCUAAUGGCGCAACAAUGUCGUAAAACUUGUGGUUACUGCUGA